AUCGUCAUUUUAUGUGCCUCCAUAGAUCAUAUUGUACUACGUGCUGCAUCUCUUCUAAGUCCUUUGGGUGACAACAUCGAUAUUCACAUUGUCUACUAUCCAUCAUGUCGGAUCCAUACCACCAAUAUUACUACAAUAACCAGAACGAUCAUCCCCAGUAUGACUACUAUGGUCAUGGUCAGCAAGCUGCUGGAUACAGAUACGGAGAUCCCCCUGGCGGUUAUUCCUCACCACAAUACCAGCAAGAACAGCCUUCGCAGUAUGCACACAACCCGACUCCUCCUACCAACAAUCAGUAUGCGAACCCAUUCCCCGGCAGCUAUCCUGCACAAAAUCAGCCAAGCUAUGCACCUCCCUGCGACGCAAGGCAACCAGGUGGAGAAUAUUGGCAUGAGCAGAACUCGCCUUAUCCACCACAGCCUUCGCAUCAGCAAGGCCAGAAUGCGUCCUACUAUCAAACGCAGUCAGAGCCUGUUCCUCCGACAAACCCAUCCGAGGGUGAAAAGGGUUUUGUCUCGAAUGCAGCAGGCGCGGUAGGUGGAGGCGCUUUAGGUCACAAACUGGGAGGUGGGAUGCUCGGUGUCGCAGGAGGUGCAUUGGCAGGAGCUGCAGGCAUGAGUAUCGCAAGUAAACUACGUAAGAAGCAUAAGAAGAAGCACCAUGGCAAGGGUUCUGGUCGUCGGUCAGCGUCAAGUUCGAGCUCCAGUUCCAGCUCAAGCUCGAGUUCAAGUUCCUCUAGCGAUAGUGAUUAGUUGAGUGCGGGCCGUGUCUUUAUGCUUUUCCUUUAUGUUCUGUUUGUGUUGAAUACUCCCUUGGUUAUUCGUUAUUACUGGUAGGGAACAUGUUCCUGUAUUCGUAAAUCAGAUUGUCAGUCGACGAGUCAGUGCGUAAUGGGAAGAUAUCUUGUUUGGC